AUGCGGCUCAUGGUAUGCAUACCAGUCGUUUGUCUGACUCUUGGUCGAGUUUUGGCUCGUCCUGGUUUCGAUGGUCCUGCAGCACGAUACCAUUCUUUAAAUCGUUACGAACCCGAAACAUCGGAAUGUGCCUCCAGCAAGGAUGUUCCUGUCAAGGCGCCAUGGAAAAACAUUUUCCAGAGUCUUGCAGAUCAGGAGUAUGCUGAUGUUACUGCCUAUCUCCACAAACAGGAUGGACUCAAUCUCACUGCCAUUGUGAACUCAACAUCUUGGGACAAUGUUAUCGUCUCUCUAGACUUGUUGCAGCCAAAUAAGACCGAUGCCUUGACAUACCUUGAAGGUAAUGGACCAGCUCCAACUCGCUAUGCUCGGGCUACACUGCAGUUCAACUCUCAGGUACAACCCUACAUUCAAGAGUACAUCGUGGGUCCAUUGCCUGUUCAGGAAGGGUCAACUCAAUACGAGGAGCUCAACUAUAUGUUCACCUCUGGCCGAGGUCGGACUAACGUCUACAACGCUGAUUCUGAGGCUAUUGCUGCUUUCAACUUGGAGGUUGGAGCGGACAUUCAGGAUAUCACCAAGAAACUUCUCAAUGGCACCGCUACAGGUACCGAAGACGACAGCCUCUUGAUCGCAGGCAGCGACCCAUUGAUCCACCAUGGGGACCGGGUUUAUCAGUGGAAUGAGUUUUACUCUGCACACAGAGGUGAAUUCUUUUCUGAGACCAUAUUGCCCACUAGUUUGCAGUUCAAAGUUGACAUUACUGGCCGAGAUCCUUCUAAAUGGAGGGUCGUUGGUUGGUACUACGAUGGCAACUAUUGGCCCACGACUGCUGAGUUCAAAGCGGCCGCGGAGGCACUGAGACGAAGACCAGGGCCUAAUGUCGACGGAAUGUGGACUUCUACUGAUCAACAGGGCGAGAAGCUGCCUCUGGACCACCUGUACCCUCCCACUGCCGUUCAGCCUGAUGGUCCGCGGUUUAGUCUGGACAGAGAAGAGAAUUACGUUGAAUGGAUGGACUUUGGCUUUUUUAUCUCGAAUCACAAGGAGACUGGUCUCCAGCUCCAUGAUGUCAGAUACAAAGGCGAGCGUAUCAUCUAUGAACUCGGCCUCCAGGAAGCCAUGGCGCACUACGCGUCGCAAGACCCACUGCAUGCCUCAUCGGCAUAUCUUGAUACCUCCUACGGCAUCGGGACCAGCCAAUGGAACCUCGUCGAUGGUUUCGACUGCCCUUCCCAUUCCACGUAUCUCAAUACAUCAUUCUACAUCAGUGAGAUGACCCACAUCCACCCCAACAGCUUGUGUCUUUUCGAGCAUGACACUGGAUAUCCCAUCCAGCGCCAUCUGACAGGAACUUAUGUUUCCGCGACUAAGAAUAUUGUUUUUAACGUUCGUAGUGUCUCUACGGUCGGGAACUAUGACUAUCUCUUUGAGUAUACCUUCCAUUACGACGGAUCCAUCAGCGUCACUGUCCGUGCAUCUGGCUACAUUCAGGGUGCCUUCUGGUCCGGAGAUGGUGAUUACGGGUUUCAUAUCCAUGACAAGCUAUCAGGUUCUAUGCAUGACCACGUGAUCAACUUCAAGCUUGACUUGGAUAUGAAGGGCAGAAAGAACAGCUUGUUGAAAACAGAGUUUGUACCAAUUACUAAAGUGUACCCAUGGUCUGAGGGACAGCCCAUCAACACGAUGAAGACCAAGCGAUCUUAUGUCACGAAUGAAGACGGCGGCAAGAUCACGUGGGCAAAGAACGGAGCCGCUGCAUAUGCUGUUGUCAACAAGGAUGCGAUAAACGAUUUUGGAGAGGCGCCUGGCUACGCGAUCUCCCCAAACAGCGGCAGUACAGGCCAUCUGACCGUUCAAUCAUCUACAGCCCUUGGACAGUCGGCCAACUGGGCAAAUCAUAACAUCUACGCGCUGCAGCAGCAUGAUACCGAGCCAAAGAGCGCCUACGCCUUCAAUAGUUACGACCCUCACCAUCCAGCCGUAGACUUUAACGAGUUCUUCAACGGCGAAAGUCUUGAUCAAGAAGACAUUGUCUUAUAUUUCAAUCUGGGCAUGCACCACCUUCCCAACACCGCCGAUCUGCCCAACACUGUGACCACAAAAGCGGUUUCGUCGAUCAUCAUCACGCCUCAAAACUACUUCUCAGGUGACAUUUCGCGACGCACAAUGCAUCAAGUUCGUGUUUCUUAUGAUGAGAACUCUAAUGUUACGGAUGUAAAGAUGUUUGGCGCGAAGCAACCUACUUGUGCAUUCGACAUGAAGAACGUUGCGCCCAAGUUGGAUACAUUUGUUGGAGAGCUUCAGAUACCCAAGUUUCCAUUUAACCCUAGUGGUAGUCUUCAGACGAACCCUGGUGGUUAA